AUGAGGACGCUCAUCUUGCUAUUGAUCUUCGUGUACCUAUCGGCUGGAAGACCAGGUAUAAGCUAGGAAAAACGUAUUUCGCACUGAAAGAAAGCCUCUUCAGGUUACUAGGAUUUUCAUUCGUAAGGUUUUUCGAUUAAAAUAAUUUUAAUAUUCGUGUGAAAUACCUUUUGAUUAAUAUAGAAUGUCCAGUUUUUGCCUCCUUGUCCCAUGACAGUCGGAAAAUAUCCUCUAAACAGGUUAAUUACAUAAAAUUUCAUCAUUACAAACCAAAAAAUGGGCUCAAAUUUGUUUCGAGAGAAAUCCGCAUAGAUCCAUUCCGCAAUUUGAAACUUCAGUUCCGCCUAUCUCUAGCACUGCCAAAGUCGGAAGUGCGGAAAACGGGUGCAAAAUGGCCGCUAAAAGGGAUCCGUUUAGCGGCCUUAAUCAAGCUUUUCUUUCUGGGCUUAAAAGUCUUAAAAAAGGGGCGAUGAAAAAGUGAGGGUGCAAAAAGGGUGCUGAAAGCCUUGGCCGAUGAUUUCCUGAUUAUUUCCGAUUUUAUUACUGUAGCACAUUUUGGUGCAUACAGAGGCACUGGUAAAGAUUAUUCUCUUAAAGAGCUGUGUGAUUCUCAAAAAGGUACAAAAAGGCCGAAGAAAGGACGGAAAAGGCAGUAAAAAGGAUAACUUUUCCCGCACGUUUAGGAACAAUUAAUGGAAACCUUUUGCACCCAUAACGGACCUUCAAGGGGUCGUGAAGGAUCCUUCCGACUUUGCCUUGUAGUUUGGCAUUCUCGACUUUUCUGAGAACCUUUUUAUAUGAUCCUGUUUUUCAACAAAAAUUGAGCCUCUUUUGUUGUUUCUGAAUCAACGAGUUUCAGUGCCGAGGGAUGGGACCAUCGAAUGUCCGUCAGGAUGGACGAAAUUUGUCCGAAGUAACGGUGUCGCCUGUCACUUGUUUGUAAGCAGUCUGACCUAUCUCUUAACUUGUUAUCACAUUGUAUUUAGAUCAGACGCUUGUUAACUUGGAAGGACGCCAGAUCCUACUGUAUGGAGGCCUAUGGCGCGACCCUUUCGGGAUUCGAGUCCGAAGAGGAGAAAACAACUAUUUAUGGUUUUUUUUUUGAGAUUCAAAAUAUUUCUUUAUACCUAGUUCACUGCUGACUUGAGCCAUUCAAAAAAGGGUCUUGACACGAAUAAAGCCGGCGGUGUAUCGGCUACAGUAGAUUAUUUAUCAGUAAUCCAAACGGGAACAAAGGAGGCUCGAAAACCAUGAAAACUGUAAAGGGAGGCGAGCUUUUUAUACUUUCUAGAACUGUCCCGGAGUCACAACUUGAUCGAGAAACAGCUGUGGAUCAGCGGUCAACGGAAUCCAGGUUGCAACGUUGGCGAGUAUACUGAGACAGACGUCAACGACCCAUGCUACAAGCCUAAGGUGAGAUUAGACCCUGAUUCUCAUUUUGAAGGAUUUUUUUUCUUCAUUUUCUGUAUUUCGAUAUCCAGUUCGUCGGGACUUGGAGCGGUUCGACCUGUCUGAAGCUUAAGAUCUUCUUUUUUCCCUUCUUGAACUUCUUACGCCUCUGUACUGCUUGAGCGACGUUGGCGCCCCAAGUCGAUUAUACGACGUCCCACCCUGAUAUCAGUGAUAAUCAGUGGACUGGCUUUAGUGACAUAUCUGUUUUUGUGUGGAGCAGCUGGAGCCGUAGUUUCACACUAUAAAUAGGAGGGGGUCGAUCUUGUGACCCUUCGAACUGCAGACAGGCACACAACCUGUUGCGCUACGGCACGCCUCAUUUUCCGUUGUGUGAGACAAAUCACAGAAAGAUAAGAAUAUCAUGUCAAAGUGAGAGACUGAAAGAAUGGUUAGAGAAACUAGGAAAGUGGAGGUGAACGGACUUUUUCAUGAUUUUUCGCGUUUCGAGUCCUGUAGAGCGGAGUAUAUCAUAGUUUUUGAAGAGAGAGGCUUACUGUCCCAGAAGUGAGAAAAUUUUUGGUGGCCGCUUUAGGGUUUUGACGUUUUAGUGGCCACUAUAAUAAUCUAAUCAAUGGCUACUUCAGGAAACUCUUCAGAAGUUGUUAUCACUAGACCUGUGCACUAAGACGCUAAAUAGUGGUUUCUAUAGAGUUGAUUAUAGUGGUAACUUCAGCUUCCUCUCCAAGUAGCCCUUAAAGGGGCCACUAGAGCUUUUCCCAGUGAGGCUGUAGUUUUUUAAAUUUAAAACGCAUUGAUAAAGUUGAAGUCUUCAGUGACGACCUUGCACUGCUUUUUUAAUUUUCCUACUAGGAACUUCUACCAAAAAUUGAAAUUUUUGAGCAUUCAAGCCAUUUUCAGCUGUUCCAUUGGGUUGAUGGCGCCGCACGGGACGGCACGAUCAUCAACAAAUUCUGGGCGCCAACAAAUCCCUCAUGGUACGGCAGUGAAAAAUGCCUUUCCAUUCUUGCGGGUACUAGUGUAUAUUACCAGAACAAGGUCAACGAUGCGACGUUAGUUCAUCUUAAACUUCGGCUUGAUUCAUUUUUCUUGGUUUUCAGAUGCGACACAAGGUUCCCGUUUGUCUGCCAGAUGCUCUACUACAAGUAAAUCGUCACCUUCCGUUCAUUUUUAAACCACGAUAAAAGAGACAAACAACAAUUUAUGUUUUUAUUUCAACUAAAUUAUGGACAAAACAAUAAUAUUUCGGAAAAGAGAGUUCGAGUUUCACUGCCAAAGUCGGAAGUGCGGAAAGCGGGUGCAAAAUGGCCGCUAAAAGGGCUCCGUUUUGGAGCCUUUAUUGAGCCUUUCUUCUUGGUGGGCUAAAAAGCCUCAAAAAGGGUGCUGAAAGUCUCGGCCAUUGAUUAUUUCCGAUAGUAAUACUGUAGCACAUUUUGGUUCCUACAGAGCCACUGGUAGAAACGUUUCUCAAUUCAAAAAAUUGUGUUUCUCAAAAGGGUCCAAAAAAGGGUGAAAGAAAGGACGGAAAAAGGCAGGAAAAAGGAAAUCGGUGCCACCCGUUUACCCUCAAAGGGUCCGUAAAUUUCCUUUCCCUCAAUGGGUCCGUAAAGGGUCCUUUCGACAUUCUAUAUGUACCAGUGUAAAUCAACAUUGUUAACAAUGGCUUUCCGUUUGAAAAUUUUUACCCCGAAAAGAAAUGAACAAAAAUUAAAGGGCGUGAAUGUUAGAACCGAAGCCUCAAAGUCAUUAUAGCCGCUUAUUAUUUGCGGUCUAGGUUUGUCCUAUAGACUGUGUACCGCGACUUGGAAUUUAACCAAACGACAUUCCGCUGUGCCGCUGCGCGCCUUUGCGAACCUUGGUCGCGUUUAAAAUUUUUUUUUUCAUUAUAAAGAUCCUCUACUUUCAUGAGUUUUCCACAGCAAUAACAAUCAAUUGAAAGCGUGAUCCAGAUACGAAAGACGCUUCGCGAACGCACGCGGCGGAUCAGCGGAAUGUCGUUCGGUGAAAUUUCAAGUCGUGGCACACAGACUAUAUACAUUUUAUUUUUGCAAUAUUUUUUUCAGAAUCAAUAUGAAGUCAUUCAUCUUGUUAUUUUUCAUCGUUGAAGUGUCCAUCUCCGGGAACCCUGGUAUAAGCUUCAACAGAAUCAAAGUUUAAAAAAAGCUUGAAGACUUAUCCGGAGAGAGAUUUUGCGCCGCCAACAAAGGCAAAUGGGAUCCCCGAACCGAUCAAGUAAGUCAAGUUCCAUAAAAAUUAUAUUGAACGCUUUUUAUAAUUUAGAAAGUUUUCGACGAAUGCUCGAAUAUGAAGAUUUGGGUUGAUACCACUACCGAUGUAACUUUUUAUUGAUUAUAUAGAUCCGAAGUCAAAUUUUUAGAAAGAAGCCAAGUCUGUGUGCACCGAACUCAUUCCUUUCCAUGUGAAAGAUGUCAAAAAGGGAUUUCCGACGUUUUGCAACUUCAGUUCGUUUUUUUUUUCGAGGGUUUUUUUUUUGGUAAAAUAGAUAGUUUCUCCGUCAAAAAACAAAAAAAAACUUUGCCGAAAAACUUUUUCCGGCUUAAAAAAAGUUCAAAAAAGUUAACGGAGUCCCUCGAUUCUAGAAAUUUCAUAAUUUUAACCUCUCUGACUGCGUUUAUAUUAUUUUCGUUUCAAGGAUAAGCAGACCAAAAAUUUAAUUUCACAAAAUAAAUUAAGCAGACCAAAAAUUUAAUUUCACAAAAAAUUAAGCAGACCAAAAUUUGAUUUCACAAAAAAUUAAGCAGACCAAAAUUUGAUUUCACAAAAAAUUAAGCAGACCAAAAUUUAAUUUCACAAAAAAUUAAGCAGACCAAAAUUUAAUUUCACAAAAAAUUAAGCAGACCAAAAUUUGAUUUCACAAAAAAUUAAGCAGACCAAAAUUUAAUUUCAAAAAGAAUUAAGCAGACCAAAGUUUAAUUUCAAAAAAAUUGAGCAGACCAAAGUUUAAUUUCAAAAAAAUUGAGCAAACCGAAACUCGUCUACCUAAAUAGUCUUAUUACAAAAAAAUUGUUCAGAAGUUUACGGAGAAUGCCCAGCUGGAUGGUUCCAAGCCUUAGGCUCGUGCUACCGCCACUUUUCCGGUCUCUACACCCUUGCUCAGCCAGGAAUCAUUGCUCACUUAUCAGCCCGAAUGGUCAACUUGUUCAAAUCGGCAGCACCCGGCUGCACACAUUUCUCCUCAGUAUGUCUUCGACACUCUCCAAAAGAUUUUGAAAGUCUAGAAAUGUUUCCUGAGAUCAGUUGGGCUUGGGUUGAUGUUGUGAAGCCCUAUGCCAGAGCAGUUGCUCGUCAUUCUCCACGCGACACGAAAUUCGCCUGGACUGGUUAUCUUUCACUUUUUAAAUGCCCAAACCUGGACCAUUUUCUGGUUUCCAACUUUUAAUUGGAUCUUUUUUAAUGGAAGAGCAAAAGACCGGAACGAUUGUCUACAAAAACCCGAAUACGGAUUUGGCGUCUGGUAUUUGUAUGCUUCCACUGAAUCCAUCACUGGGAUGUUUUUUCUCUCACCUUUUUUUUGUAUGGAACUUUUUCUUUAGACACAACUUAUUGGCAGGAGGUUUUGAGGUUGCUGAAGUUGACUACAUUCAAAAAGUAUGUUUUUAAUAUAAUUUUUUAUAUUUCAUAUCAUUUUUCAUCUCAAGCUUAAGCAGACCAAAAAUUUAAUUUUUUUAAAAAAAUUAAGCAGACCAAAAAUUUAAUUUUCAAAAAAAUCAAGCAGACCAAAAAUUUAAUUUUUCAAAAAAAUUAAGCAGACCAAAAUUUAUUUUCACAAAAAAAUAAGAGAGACUUGUCUACCUGAAGGAUGAAAGUUCAAUAUAAAAUCAAAAAUUUUUUUAAAUAUAAUAUUCAUUAAAAAGAAUCACUUUUCUAUUGGUCUCGCUAGUCUAAAAAUCUUUUUUUCUAGAAAUUCACGUCGAUUUUAUCAUUAAUAGAAUUCAGAAAUUAUUGAAAAAUCUUAUUUUGCAUAUUUCAGUGUUCGUGGCAGCCAGGUUUGGCUGUCCUCUACAAAUCACUGUCUUUUCAGAUUUGAUGUCGUUUUAGAAUAAUUUACAAGAGGCAAUCGAAAAAUUUAAAAUAUACCUAAUCUGAGAAUCAGAUUGAAGUUUGCUGAGAUGCUGUAUGAUCACAGCCAAAAAUUGAAAAGAAAUUUUGCCAUUGUCUGUUCAGAUUUUAAAAGUCAAGCAGCAAACUCCGCCCCCAAAAACGCUCUGUGGAUGGCUUGCUCUCAGAUUGGUUUGAACUACGCAUAAGGGGCGGAGUUUAGAGCGAUGACUUGACAUUCAAAAUCUGAACGGACUAUAUAUGAUCAGGCUGCUUUGAGAACAUGUUAGCGAAUUUCAUGAAAGUCUGACUGUUUUUUACUUCUCUUUCUUUUUUUUUCAAGUAGUUCGAAAAAGAUUCCAUUGCUAGGGUAUCUUACGCGCAGUGCUGGGCGAUGCAGCAGCCUUCUCUUCAACAGUAAUCUCUCAACCAAGAACUCAAAUGGAACUGCUCAAAGAAGUUAGUCUUUUCCUUUCUUUUUAUUCUAUGAAGUUACUAGAGCGAAACUGUAGCAAUCAAAUCAAAUCACUAAUGCUUUGUACAGAAGGAGACUCAAUCUUGCACUCUGCACACUUCACAAAAUUGUCCUCAAGAUAGAUCAUUUUCCAAGCGCUCACAGGUUUUUCAGAAUCUCUCAUUCGGGUCGACAUCCUCUGCGGUUAAUUCAGGCUGGUCCUUUAUGUGAUUCUUUCUUUUCAAAACUGAUUCCAAUCUGGAACAAUAUCUGCUCUAGAUUCAACGUCUCUGUUCCUCCUAAAAUUUUCAAAUCUCAUCUGGACAACAUCCCCGACAAUGAAUUAUUCAUCAGCAUCCCUAGACGGCUACUAUGA